ACCUCGAGUCGCAACUAGUCGCGAGAUGUCACGCUCACUCGGCGGCGCCGUACAACUUUAUUCCGCUUUGUUUUGCGGAGGUGAGAGGACAUGUGUAGCUGUCGCUCGAGUUUGUGCGUUGUGUUCAAUGUUUUCUUGUUUUAAAGUAUUUAUUGAGUGAAUAUACAUUACAAUUUUGUACGAAAAGUGUUUUUAUAUUCGAACGAAGACUGUGCAUGUGUUCGAUUAAUUAAAAGAUUGCUACAUUUACGCAAUCGUUGGUGAGACUCGAUGUCAAUAAACUUGUCGGUUGUAUUUUAUGGGAAAGGUGUGCCGCGUCGCACUGGUACCUGUUCUCGGCGGGUGGGUGCUCGAGGCCGGGAUGGUGGCCGGCAGGCUGGCGCUCGGCGCGGCAGUGCCAUGGAGUCGUAGAUAGAGUCGAGGAUACCCAAGAUGCUGGUUUUAUCAUCUGGUAGUAAUCCUCUGCAUUCAUAUGUGACCCCAAAGCGAAAACACAGGGCAUUAGAAGAAAAUUCAGUAAAAAGGAUAUGUAAAAGGAACACAGAUAUUGCAAGACUGAGUAAAAAAGUUGCCUUAAAAAUGAGCGGCGAUGCAAGGUGAUGAAAGUAAACAAAUAUUUUUGUAUGAAAAUUUGAAACAUGAAGAAAAGACAAAAUAGUUUUUGAAAAUUUUCGAACCGUAUAUUUUCUAUGAAUUUACCAUAGACAAACUUAAGUGUGGUGCUAUUAGUGUAGUGAAGUGAAAUCGAUUAGGACAAAGUUAUCGAUAUUGAGUGUGGUGAUGUUGUGAUCGCUGGAUGGUGAUGAGUAGCGCGAUGAGCAGUGAGGGAGACGCCGUGAAGGUGGAGGGGGGACACGUGUCUGUCACCACUAUCAGCAUGUCGGGCCCAGAGACCAGUAACGGUCAAUUCUCGUACAGUUCGAGCGGCGUGCGCAUCAGUGUGUCUUCAGAGCCUCAUGAUGAAGACUCCACUGAUGCCGAGAUCUCAAAGAUCGACUUCACACAACAUCAAUAUGAGGUUAACAUGCGUAACAAGAAGAAGCGGUCAUCCAGCGGCGCGCAUUGCGAGGUGCCCAGCAACGAGCGCGAGCGACCUAUGUCCUGGGAGGGAGAGCUCUCGGACUCAGAGAUGGUUAUCGAUACCAGUGUUAAUAAUGACGAGAACAGCAGUUCCCUGGACCUGCAAUCAUCCCGGGACUCGAUCGACACGCUACGUAACGUGAGCAUCAAGACGGAACCCCUCAAGUCCGAGGUGUUCCCGACGGCGGAGGAGCAGAGAGUCCUCGACCUGAAGUACAACGCUCCGCUGCAGCCGCACCAGCGGAGUCUUAGCAUGAACAGGAUAUCAGUGCUAACAGACGGCUCCAGCCUGUCAGUACCGCGGCGGCCCGCGUCGCCACCGGCCGCGCCGCUCGCGCCAGCGCCGCUCUCCGCCCUCGACCAGGUCCACAACCUCACUAUCAAGAAGGAAACACAGCUUUCUGAGUUGAAGUGCGAGCAGUCAGCGGGCAUGGACAAGCUGCUGGGCGCGCUGCACGGGUCCCCGCUGCUGGGGCGCCUGCCGCGCGUGCAGUCCAGCGCCAGCACCGACUCCGCCGUGCACUCCAUGUACACGCACAGUGUGUACAGCAGUCCGUCAGCAAGUCCGCGCGCGUCACGUCACUACACUCCGUCUCUUUCCCGCAACAACAGUGACGCAUCGCACUCUUCUUGUUACUCCUACAGUUCAGAAUUCUCGCCUACGCAUUCGCCAGUACAGGGUCGUCACCCGGGGCUGGUGUACCGCGAGACAUACGAGGCGGGCCACGAGGACGACACGGACGCGCCCGACGCGCUUCAUCACCACCAGGGUAUCAGUCGCCAGCAGCUUAUCAACAGUCCCUGCCCAAUCUGCGGAGACAAGAUCAGCGGCUUCCACUACGGGAUAUUCUCGUGCGAGUCCUGCAAGGGUUUCUUCAAGAGGACGGUGCAGAACAGGAAGAACUACAUGUGUCUGCGGGGAGGGAACUGUCCUGUCACCGUCACGACCAGGAAGAAGUGCCCAGCUUGCCGGUUUGAUAAGUGUCUCGGAUGUGGGAUGAAGCUCGAAGCGAUCCGCGAGGACCGCACCCGCGGCGGUCGCUCCACAUACCAGUGCUCGUACUCGCUGUCGGGCGCGGCCAGCACGGGCAGCCUGCUGGCCGCGCACGCGCCCGCCACGCUGCGCCACGCCUCCAGCCUCACCUGCGUAAACGGGCCCGGUUCUUACAGCAGCCGAGGAGAAUCCAGUAACAGCCAAGUGACGCCUGAUAUACCGCCGUUAUUGCAGGAAAUAAUGGACGUGGAACACCUAUGGCAGUACAACGAGUCUGAACUCAGCCGUCUUGGCAAGUCCACCGGCAGUCCAUCAGCCAACCCUCUCCUUGCGGCCAGCGGGAUCACCGCGCACAACUCCAGCCCCGACUUCCUUGCUGAUCUUUGUAACAUUGCCGAUCACAGACUGUACAAGAUCGUCAAAUGGUGCAAGAGUUUGCCGCUCUUUAAGAAUAUUUCGAUCGACGACCAGAUCUGCCUGCUGAUCAACAGCUGGUGCGAGCUGCUGGUGUUGUCGUGCUGCUACCGCGGCGUGAGCACGCCGGGGGAGGUGCGCGUCGGCGGCGGACGCGGGAUCACGCUGCAGCAGAGUGCUAAGUUGGGUUUAACGCCUUGUAUAGAACGCAUGCUGAGCUUCACUGACCACUUGAGACGGCUUCGUGUUGACAGAUACGAAUAUGUAGCGCUCAAAGUCAUCGUACUGCUCACUUCAGAUGCACCCGAUCUUCGAGAAGUGGAGAAAGUGCGAGCUUCCCAAGAGAAGGCGCUGGCCGCACUACAAGCGUACAUCGCGACACACUCACCCGGAACACCCGCCAAGUUCGGGGAGCUGUUGUUGCGUAUACCUGAGUUGCAGAGGACCUGCCAGUUCUUCAUGCAAGUCGGCAAAGAAAUGCUGAACCCGGCCAAUAAGAGCAAAGACGGCGACGGACCAAGUUUCAACCUGCUCAUGGAGUUACUGCGCGGUGACCACUGACCUUUGACCUUUCUACUUGACCUCGAGGUCACAUACAUUGCUCAAGAAUAUAUUAAGUACUCUCUACAAUGACAUGCGAAUUGAAUUUAUCGAUUAUCUAUUUUUUAACCGACUUCCAAAAGGAGGUUACGUCUUAUGUAUCCUCAAGUCAUCUCUACUAGUCUGUGCUCUUGAUCCUGGACUGCUAUAUUAAUGCGGUAAAAUAACAAUGAUUUUUAUAACUUUUUACAACUUGGAAUUCUUUUUUUGGCCUUGAAAUGCGAAAAGACUGCCUUGAAUAAUUAAUACAUUUUGUCAAUUUUGAUAAAUUCGGCUAUUUGUAUUGAAUUGUUACGAUUCGAAAUAAAUAGACGUCAUUUUAUCACACACUUCAAUAAGUGCCAAUAUAGCUUAUAAUAAUGCAUUUAUACUUAUCUCUGUCUGUUACUUAACUCUCAGUUUAUAAUUUAAUAUUUCUACUAUAAUUGUAAAAUAUAUUUUUAUGGCAACACUAUAUCUAUAAAAAGUUUUUCCUCAGUGUAAAAGACAGUAGACCUGUACUAAGCCUUCUUAAAGUGUUGCCAGUUAAACGAUAUUAAUUGCUACCAAUAACAUGACGAGAUAAUGACAAACUGACACUGCCACAACAUGCUUUUGUUUUAAACUACUAUUAAUUAAUAUAGGGCCAAGGGAACAAUGAUUAGAUUUAUCUAACAGAUAUUUAGACAACCGUAAAUAAUACAGAAUGUGAAUAGAUGGCCUUCUUAAUAAUCUGUACAAGGCUGGUUUCUGACAGAUUAAAAAACUUACCAACUUGUUUUUGCCGGUGGCGGAAAUAGGAACUAAAAUCUAACGGAACAAAUUCGUAAGUUUUUGUUGUAAUGACAGCGCUACUAGCGCCACUGCCGUCGGCAAAGAUAAGUUUGUUGUUUCGUACUUGAAUGAAUGAAAAUGAUGCGGCGGUUCUAACAUCGGAUCAUUUUCAGCAUUCAUUGCUUCAUAUGUGUGAAAGAGAUUCGAUGAGGUUUUAAUUAAUGAAUCAAUGGAUUACUGCGUCUUACGUAAAGUUACGUAAAAUAUUAUGUACAGGGGCCAUAUAAUAGCAAUUUAAUAACUGACUCUUGCCUCUGCAUUUUUAAAUAAGGAAGUAGAAGAUAAAUAUUUUUGGAUUGUGACCAUGUUGAGAAGUUUGAUACAAAUUACAACGAUUUUGUACGUAUUUUUGAUGUUUUUUGAACGUGCGUUUAUGUGCGUUGGCUAACAAUGAAAUUUAGUUUCAUGAUUUUAUUUAUUGUGAAUAAAAGAGUCCUUUUCAUGGGCGUCUUGUAAUCAUUGCCAUUUCGAUUUAGUUACUUAAUAAUAGUCUGUAAUGUUGUUGAUAUGUGCAGCUUAGUGUAGCCUAGACGUAAUGAUUAUUUCUGAGGGUAAAACUUUCAGAAAAUAAUUUCAUUUAUGAAUUCAGUUUUUAUAAAAAACUCAUAUUUAAGUUAUAAAUUUUUCAUUUUUUUUUAAUGUUUCUUUGCUUUUUUGGUAAGAUAAUGGUGCAAUACUUAGCAUGAGGUGUAGUUUACAUUAUUAUUGUUUUAAAUAUACCUUUAUGCUCUGUUUUUGCACGUUUUAUAGUAAGUUGCGAAGCCGCGACUUUGUGUAACCAGUCAUUCACUGCCGUUUUGUAAAAUAAGACAUUGCUAUGAGCAAACUCUUCUCUAUAUUGCAAUACUUAUUAUUUUUAUAAAGAAAAUAUUCUCAUUUAAGCUAGUUAUAGAUGUAGACUUAAUAUUUAGUACAUAAUGUUUAUAAUAAAGCUUAGAGUUGCCUUAACGUUAGUUAAGUGAAUAAUGUUAAUUAUCGAGAAUGCUUUAGGAUUCGACUACAUUUAAGAUUAAACUGUUGAAAACUUCUGAAACAGAUGAUGUUUUUUUGUACAUCGACUGUCAUAAGCCUAGUAAUACCUUUCAAAGUAAAUCUGUUGUGUGUGGAAGCGAGAGAGCGAAGACAGUGUAGAGCGCCAUCUUGCUUCGACACCGACAAUUUUCCUUUGACAGGUCUUAGGCCUUUAGUUUCACUCCAUACGUUAUGACUUGAAGCGUUACGAUUACCCAGUUGUGUUAUAUUUGUUAGUACUACAUUCCAUAUGAAAAUGUUACAUUUUAUAUCAGUUGUCAACUGUUGUAAUUUUUAUAAAACUCUUUUUUGAUCGUAGCGCAGAAAGUCCCAGAUUUAUGUGUCUUAAUACAUUUAUUUGACAUUAAAGUACAAUAGCGCCAUAUAUCCAUAGCAUAAAGAAACAGAGAAUAUUAAGUUUAAGGCUUUUAGUACACAAGACCAACGGAGGUUUUCUAAUUUCAAUGAUUUUUGUCUCCAAACGACUUCCGCCUUAUAGACUCAGAGAGGUUAUGUACAUAGACAGCCGUCGUACAUCACUAUAAUUGUCAGAUUUAGAAGAGUUUUGUCGUCAUGUGUAUAAAUAGCCUUGUAAAACAAAAAGCUAUUUCAAAUUAAGGAGGUUUGACCCUAGCCUAAUCUUUAAAAAAAAGUUAGCCUGUGUUAGCAGACCUGUUUAAUUUGUAUUGUGCUUCUAUAUUUUUGUAAGCCAGAAGGAAUAUAUAAAUAUAUGCGUACUUAGUUAUAAGUAAACUUUGUUGCAAAAGAAUUAUAAGCAAUUUUGUAAAAGUUCCAAACAUUUUGUUAUGUUUUGUCUGGUGUCUAUUAAGUUCAAUAUUGACUGAUAACCAAAACAUAGAUGACAAAAUUCAAUACUUACUUUUUUUAAUUUAUCCUUUUUGCGAAAGGCAAGGGUAUCUAAGGCCCAUACAGCCAAUACUUAAUGGAUGCAUCCUAAAGUUAAAUUAAAUUCCGCUUUUUUUGUUUCAAAUUACGAACGUUAUUUGAAAAUUAAAAAAUAGACAAAUUCUUUAAAUUGGAUUUCGUAACAAGCUAUAAACUCAUUUGUAUACCAAUACAUAUUACAAAUAAAUUUCCGUUUAUUUUUUUGCAACAUCGUAUAGAAUAUCAGACGGGCACAAGUACUUCAUUUAAUUUAGUUAUCAGAGCUAAUAAUAGAAAUGAUUUAUUUCAAACGUGCCACGAGGAUGUAAUAUUUUUUAAUUGAGAUUCUAAUGUGAUUGUGUUUUCUUUCGUGUUUGCCAAGUACGGUUAUAAGUGGCAUCUAUAUAGAUAUAUCUCUUUAUGAACUGAUAAUUUAAGAUGUUAGAUAGUAUUUUUGUAUUCAGUAAAGCCAGAGUGAACGUUCGACAGUAUGUUUGUGUGGUCCAAAUAAUUUUUAUAUUAAAAAUUACAAGGAGCGUAAAAAUGGUAUGACGUCCAUGUUUAACUGUUAUUAUUUGUAUGAAUAAGUAUUAUAGUGAUAUUGUAUUCUUCUUUAUUUUGUAGAAUUAUAAA